CAGCAGCUUGCAAACAGCACACAGAUCAUGGCAAGGUUGGAGAAUUGAGUUAACAUUUGAGCAUUCCUGGGCAAAUUAAACUUUCUUAUGAUAGUCGGAGGACUAAAGAAUCUCUUAAAUGUCACUAGUGAUAUGUUUGGCGUUCAUUGCUGUGCAAAACCUUACAUGAGUGUGGGUAAGAACUAACUUAGUGCGUUUGAUUUUGAUUAAUGCCAGAUAAUGAAAAGUUGUAACCGAAAUGAGUCAAAUGAAGAGUAUGUUUCUGCUCAUGCUGGCAAUGACAACCAUAGUGCUCUAUCUUGUUUGGACAUCACAAGGCAAAGAAAUGAAACGUUAUGCGUACCAAGAAAAUGUUGUCCUAUGCCAUGAACAAAGCAAGGACACCCGUGGUUUGCCUGUCAAAGAAGAACCCAAAAUUUACUUCAUCACUCCAUCAUACCCUCGCAGGGAACAAGUUGCUGAACUCACACGCUUAGGACAAACUCUAAUGCAUGUGCCCAAUUUGCAUUGGAUUGUGGCAGAUGAUAACAGACUUUGUAAUGCAAUGGUGAUGGAACUUUUAAAACAUUUUGGCAUCCCAUUCACACAUAUUUCCAGUCCAAUGCCAGAAAUGUACCGGAAAGCAAGUACAGUGCCCAGAGGAGUGGCAAACAGGAGAGCUGCUCUGCAUUGGAUUCAGUCAAAUGUGAAGCAAGGUGUUCUGUAUUUUGGGGAUGAUGACAAUACAUUUGACCUCCGUCUAUUUAGUGAAAUAAGACCUACUGAAAAGGUCUCUAUGUUUCCAGUUGGUCUCAUAGGUGAUUAUGGAGUUAGUUCACCCGUUAUCAAAGAUGGAAAAGUCAUUGGCUUUUAUGAUUCAUGGCCAGCUAAACGUGUUUUUCCUGUUGAUAUGGCUGGGUUUGCAGUUAACAUUGAGUACUUUUUAAAACAUCCUGAUGCAUCAAUGCCAUAUAAAGCUGGGUAUGAAGAAGAUCUGUUUUUGAGAAGUCUGAACUUAACUCUUGAUGACAUAGAACCUAGAGCAGAGGGGUGUACUCAGGUCUUAGUGUGGCACACACAGACAACAAAGAGACCAGCUCCCACAGUUAAAAUACGUAAACAACCAGCUACAAGCCUUAAAAAGUUACUUCAAGAGCUUGAUUACUUAGGGAUGGCUUACAGCAGUUCUGUUAAAGGUGUCAAGAGUAUGUUGUCGAAAGACGGCAAAUCAGUCAAUCUCUGAAGAGCUGCUUCUUAUGCAGAAGAAGGCUGUGCAGAAACUUCAAAGAUAAGAUGGAAGACCAUAUAUUUAUGAUGUUAUGAGUGUGAUUCUGUGAUAUGAAAAGUUUGUGAAUUCAUGAAACAGUAUGGAUCUGAGCAAAUUUAUAAAACGGAAAGGAUCUGAGCAAAUAGAUAAAACUGUGAGGAUCUAACCAACUUUGUAAAACAGUGAGGAUCCAAUCUAAUUUUUUUUCUCAUUUCCUUUUUUUUAAACCUUAGUUCAUUAAAUAUUAAUUUUUUUAAGGCUUAAGUUUUGUAUUAAGGAUUGUUUUUUAUUAUUUUUUGUUGGGAUGUUUUCGACAUGACAUUUUAGGUAUCCUAUUGUGUUUUUAAAAUACUCGUUUAGGGUCUUACUUUUGAACAACUUGUUUCUAAGAUCAACACAUCAACAUGUUUUGAAUGUUAAAGUUAUCAAUAUUUUCAUUAAGUUAAUUGUUUUCUCAUGUCUAUUUUUGGAGCUUCAUGAAAUGACACGCUUUUCUUUCCCAAUGCUCAAACUUCAAUUUAUUGUAAGCCCUAAAUUAUUAUCUGCGUGUUGCACUUUCACAUAUUGUUAUUUUAUGCUUCUUCAAAUAUAUUAUGGUCAGACAUGUGGUAAGAUUUCAAGAGCUGAAGCAGAAGGUUUUGUUUCUUUAUGUAAAGCUCUUCAAUUUUUAUCUAAUCUAGUUUUUGUUUUAAUCUAAAUCUAUUAGGUUAGUCACAAAAUCACCUUCCUCCCGAUAUAGCAAAGUGGACAUGCACAAAUGUUUGUGGACUGGGAAUUCUAGAGCAUGCAUUUGUUUUUAGUGUGAUUGUUUUUAUUUUUGUUGUUAUUGUUGUGUAUUUACAAUUUAAGAUGCAACUGAAAAUAGUGUCUUCUAUUUAAAGCAUCACAUCUGCCUACUUAUUCUUUGGAGACAACAAAAUGUAUUAUUAACCUGUUUUAAUCAAACUUCUGUAGAGAGGAUUUACCUAACCACUCAUUCUUUGCUUUUUUUGUCAGCACAAGCUGUAAUAUUGCCCAUGUUUGGAAGUAUUCGUGGGUAAGUUCUUUUGCAGCCAUUUUUUUCUUAUUUUGGAGCUGAUGAUAUUUUUACAAAGUACCUGCUGAGUAACUUAUAUAAUUUGCCGAAGUAUUGCCCAGAAUGGAAUCAGAGCUGCCAUUGAUUCCAAUUGCUUUUUAUCUAUUUGUUUCAUAAUGUUGUUGUUUUCUUUGUCCUAUAGUGCAUCUUGAUAAUCAGAUAGGUUUUCUAAUAUUAAUAAGUUUACACCAUGGUGCCUUAUUUUGCUUUGGUUGUUAUGCUUUAUAUCAUGUGAUCUGUCUUGUAGCUACUGGUGUGUAAGUGAGAUGUUUUUAUUGCAUGCUGGUGAUAUUGGCUCAAAUCAGGGUUCAAUGGUUUAGGUACUUCUUAGUUGUUAUUCUUUCUGUCCUUUUAUUACUGUAUUUAUAUUAGGAAAGAAGAGAUGUUUUAUAUGAGGCAGUUUUUGUACCUACGUGUUCAGCUUCAACACCUGUAUCCAUUGUAGGCCUGAUUUGUAUGUGCUGAGUGCAAUGCACUCUAAGUUUAAGUGAUAGUGAGAUGCCUUUGCUUUUCAUUGCAUGAAGCAAUGGGACACAAAAAAAAAAGGGCAGUCAUAACACCUUUACGUUUAAUAUGCAUGUAGACUUUCAUCUUGUUGAAAUUUGCAGUGCUGUUUUACUGAUCGUCCAGGGUACAAACAAAAUAUCAAAUUAAGCAACAUUGUACAAGCUUCUCAUGAAAGCAGCCUAUAGUACCAUUUAACAUUAUUGAUUGAAGUGAGGCCUUCAUAGAAAUUGAUCUUGAUUUCUUAAUUAUUACAUGCAGCCCUGGCAUGAACUGUCGAGUUGACUGUGUUGAAUGACUGUUAAGAGUUAUACGGAUAUAAAUCUAUAAAGUAAGAAAUUGUCCAGCAAUUUUUUUUUUAAUUUUUUAAAAUGAAAAUAGUAAGUGAUAAAUAAUUUUGCAGGGCUUCUUAAGAGUAUCAGCAAGAAUCUCAUAAAUUCUUGUAUGGUUAGCCUGCAAUCAUUGUUUAUCACAAGUGCAGUGAGGGACCACUGUUUAAUGUCAGUUCUUAACCUACAGAUAAUCCCCUCCACUGUACAAAAUUGUUUGAAUAAAUGUUAAACCAUGUUUAA